GCCCAGAACGCAGUACCGGUUCGGACGCGCCAAUGAGCCACACGCGCACCACAGCUGUCAUCGCCGCGUGCAUGUGAGGUCGUCGUGACAGGUAACGCACCAAACCGCGCUGCCGCAUCAUUCUGUGCCCAACCGUGUACACUCGAAAGCGGUAGUAGCGUUAGCUUGUUGUUUGAUACAUUUCCGUGCCCAGAGUUUGUGUUUUUUCGGGUGUCAUAAAAUGCUGUUUCACAAUACAUUACAAAUGUUUUGUGCAGAAGCUUGAUAAGAAUGUGUGAAGUGUUCUUAGUGUCCUGCGUAGUGGCCGGUGCGUGUCUUUGAAGCAGUGUGUUGCUCAAGCGUCCCAAGCGGUGGUGGUGAAACUAGAAGGUUGUGAAGGUCCCUCCAAGAUGUUCAGUGUCCGAUAAGCAGUGAUAAGCGCGCAAUGCUACUGGGGACAGUAUUGGCGAACCAGUGCCAAUUCUGUCCAUCAUGUGAUUUGUGCAGAUAUACAUCGGCAAAUACUGCAAAGGUGUCUUACUGUCGUGGCCAACUGGUUGAGAUUGUCUCUAGAUGGCCAACUAGAUGAGAAGAUCCAAUGCAUCAGUUUCGCUUGAGAAGAGCGGGCUCGUGCUAUAUAAGCUGCAUUCAAGUGCGUGUGCUUAAAGUGUACAGUGAACCCAAGUGAUGUGUUUUGCUUUUUCGUUAGAAAUUCAUCUCAGCAUCUUAACAUUACGUACGCGGAAUCGUAAACAAUUGAAGAUUUCUCUGGCCAAUACACACGCCACACAGGCCAGGGCGUUCGUAAACGAUCACGCGCCGUUCAGUUUCAAUUGCAGUGUUUGAGAGCCGUUAAAUUUGCAUUAAACUGCAGUCCAGGAGCAGGGCAGGGUGCGUUCAAAUGCAGCUUGUCUGUUGUGGCUAGAGCGGCAACACAUUCCCGUGCCGUUUGCAACGGAGGCAUUCGAAACAAAUCGACACGAGCGGUUGGAGCACAAAAACUGAUCCCAGACACACGAUUGGCGCACGAUUGGUUCGAUUCGAAUCGAAGUGAAUUGAACAAGACAAGAACCAGCGCCUCGCGAGCCCUCAGGUCGUCACGUUCAACGGUCGCCCAUGCUAAGUGGAUCAUCUUGCGGGACAUGGCUUUGAUUUGAUUACGGCGGUGCACAUUAAUAAGGCAAAAAGGAGAAGUACAACGAUGGGUAAAACCACCAGCAAACUGGAUAAACGACGCUCGCAGAGCAUUUCCUGGAGCUACAAGUUCGGCACGGCCAGCCGCCGGAAGAAGCAUGCCGCCCUGGUUAUCACCUCGCUGCCGCACAUGGAACUCGGCGAAUGGUUGCAGCGGCUCGAUCUGGCCGAGUACGGUGAUAAAUUCCGUUUGUUUAAUGGCGUGGAGGAGCUGCUGUUUCUUAGCGAGUCGGACAUCAAGAAGCUCGGCAUACGGAACAACGCGCACCGGGCCCGAAUCGUCAGCAGUUUGGUGGCGCUGCGGGAGAAGCUAGUGCAAGAAUCGCACGUGAAGUCGGCGCAGCGGAAUGGAGCGGACGAUCAGCAGAGAAGGGCCCAGCUGCGGCACAGCGUGGCGGUGGAUGGGGCGCGCAGUGCCAAAACGGCCAGCACUGCCACGGAGCAGGAUAGCAUCUAUGAAUGUCUGACGCCAGCAAACACCAAGCAGAGUAAGAGCUGUGGCGAUCUGUUAGAUAUGGAAACGACACCGGACGGCGGAAAUGAAGCCGUAGCACUGAAGAAAGCGCUCGAAUGGGAGCUGUCACUAGAUUCGCGGGACCUUCGAUCGCACGCCUGGUACCAUGGUCCCAUACCACGGCAGCGGGCGGAAGAGAUCGUCCAGAAGGAGGGAGACUUCCUGGUGCGCGACUGUGUUUCGCAGCCGGGCAACUAUGUGCUUACGUGCCGAACCAAGGGACCGACGCUGCACUUCGUGAUCAAUAAGCUUCUGCUCCAACCGGAAACCGUAUACGAGCGCGUGCAGUAUCAGUUCGAGGACGAUGCCUACGAUACAGUUCCUGAUUUGAUUACCUUCUACGUAGGCUCGGGAAAAUCCAUAUCGGUCGCAUCGGGUGCGAGAAUUCAAUUUCCGUGCAACCGAACGUACCCGCUCUCGUUCUACGCGGGCAAGUGUCCACAGAAUGCGGCCGGCAUGGCGGGCAUCCGUGGGCCGAGCCCGCUCAACUCACCCUCACCCGUACCGUCGUCACCGGGCUUUAGGUAUAAUCCGUACACGCAGCAGACUAGCUCCUACCGCAGCCCGAUGUCAUCGCCGCCCCGCACCAAGCGAGAAACACCGCCCCGGUUGCCGAGCAAAAAGCAACGCUCUCAGUCCCUUACGCCCCUUCACGGUGCGGCGGGCGGUCAGCAACGGUACAGCAGUGCGGACGGUGUGAUCGGGGGUAACGGGGGCGCAUCGGACGGUGGCAGUAAGUCAAGCAAACCAUCGCGACUUGCCGAAACGCCGGAAAAGUGCAACAGUGCGGACGGUGUCAUCCACAACAGCGAGUCUGGCGCAGGUGCCAGGCCGUCAGAGGAGAAGUGCUCGAGUGCGGAUGGUGUGGUAAAGUCACAGACUCUUACCCGGCCCUGCUCAACCGAACCGAAUGGGCUGGCGUCGCUGAAGGGUUCCCAGUCGUCGCUGCCCCGGUCGGCCAGUUUGCGGUCGUCCCAGGGCAAGCUAAGCUCGCGGGCGUCCAGCAUCAACAAGGAACCGAGCGAACACUCGCUCAGUCCGUGCCUGGAGCAGAAAGCGUUCGCUGAGGAUGAGGAACAGCCGCCUAGUCCACCGCCGAAGCCGAUACGCGGUGGCGCCGGUGGAACACUGCAAAGGCGUGACUCGAUGAAAGACUCCGACUCAGGGUCGGUGCAGGGUAGUGGAACGCAUGGUGGACGGGGCGGCAUGACUUCGUACCAUCCCAGUGGUUCCGAUUCGGGCAAUGGGUCGGGCGAUUCAGCUCAAAGCUCUGCCACUGGGGAGGAGCUAGCCCCUCCUGUUGCACGUGGCGUUGGUGGUGUGGUGCUCCGGAAUCCACGCUUCAUACCCACGUCCCUGUCGUCGAUAACGCUGCGUUCGCACGCGGAAAUAGAUCCGGUUGCGGCAGAGGAAGCCCUACUUGCCAUGCAGAUCCCGACGUACGAGCAGGUGUCACGGUACGAUCUGGAAAACUUCAACACACUGCUGCUACCGUUCUGUGACUGCAAACCGCUGGACAGUGGUACGCUCAACACGGUCCGGAUGAUGCUGUGUGAGUCGGGGCCGCGCGUCAUCGCGAACCAUCUAACGCGGGUGGACAUUGGAUUGAUAUUGGAAAAAGACGAAAGCCGCAAGGAUGAUCCACUGAGCUGUACCGGGUUGGAGCUGAUCACGCUGGAGCAGGGCAAGCAGUACCGGUUGGAUCUCAUCGAGCGGACGGAGUGUAUGAAGCUGCUCGUCGCCGUUACCAUCCUCACCUGCCAGAGCGAUCUCGAGCGGGCGGAAACGCUCAACAAAUGGAUCCAGAUAGCGGUCGAGACGAAAACUGCCUUGGGUAAUCUGUUCGGCUUUAGUGCCAUCAUGCUGGGCCUCUCGAUGCCGCAGAUUCAAAAGCUCGAAUCCACCUGGCACACGCUGCGCCAAAAGUUCACCGAUAGUGCAUUCAACUUCGAGGCGAAGCUGCGGCCGACGCUGAACAGCAUGAACGACUGCUCCAAUCCCCAGGCACCGAACACGACUAUCCCGCACAUAUUACCGUACGUGCUGGUGAAGGAUCGCACCAUAAACGAUGUGUUUGCAAACACGCCGAGUCCCUGCCCGACUCUGAUCGCAUCGUGCGUUACGCCCUGGGAAACCAUCACGCAAGACUUUGGCUUUUCCGUGCUGUUCGCUCACCUGGACGCGGCGCGCAGCUUCAUAAACAACAUUUCACUCUACAAAAAGAAUGCACAAACGAUCAUGCAGGACACGAGCCGGCUGGAUCCGCUGAUGGAGGACGCAUUCAAGACUGAGUUUCAGAUGAAAUUCCUGUGGGGCAGCAAGGGCGCACUGGUGCCGGCCGAGGAGCGUCACGCCAAGUUCGAACACGUGCUCACGGUAAUGGCGGAAAAGUUCUGCGGUGAUCCUUCAGCCGGUUAAGCCUAACAGUGCCACCACAGACAGAGAGGGCAACACGUUAGUGGAGUGUGAAUAGUACUAUUACUACCAUCUACGCUACUUUUCAUCUCAUUCUCUCACUCUCACUCUCACCCACUCCAUCUCCACACACCAUGCUCUAACCAUACUAUCUUCUACGAUUUAGUGUUUCAUCCACGAUCCAUCAUCUCUAUCGUCUUCUUGCUAGUGGAAUUGAGCGGUUAGCGGUCUACUCAUUUGUAUGUACGAUAUAUUUAUAAUAACUAAACUUAGCAAAAAAAGAUGAUAAAACGUAAAGUUUAUCGAUUAGAGACAACAAAAAACGAACAUUAGUUCCAUUCUACUUCACACAAUACUCAAAUUGAUAGACAAUUUGCAACCACUUUUUUGGCGAAAAAGAACAGCAUAAUAAUAAAAAAAACAAAAGCGAUUAAUCGGUGUAGAGGUUUGGACGCAAAAGGCGAGUAAAAUAGAGCAACACACACCGUUAGUUUUUUGCAAAUGACCAAUUCCAAAUCUUCGAAACGAAGCGCUAUUUCAUUGCAAGUUACAUCAAAUCCACGCAAAACCAGUACUGCCGAAUGGAGCAACGAAACGCGAUCCACUUUUGCUAGAGCAACAACCUAAACACAGACAGCCAAAUAAAAAAACAGAAA